AUUAAAACCAGAGUCUCCAUCACAACUACAACCCUUGCUGUCUGAUCUUCUCCUUGCAUGACACCCUGCACCCAAUACAGCAAGAGACACAAUGCCGAGCUACACAGGGUUUGUGCAGAACCUGUGGUAUGUCACAAACCUUAUAAGAAAGGUGGAGCUUGUGUGGGCCUAAACAGGUGCCAGUGUGCUAAAGGAUUUACUGGAGGCCAGUGUGAAACAGCUGUGACCACCCCCUGUGUACCACUUUGCCAACACGGGCCACCUGCAGUCCUCACAACACCUAUACUUGUCCUGAGGGCACUGCAGGCCUGCGCUGUGAGAAACUAUUAUAUUAAGAACCGCCAGCAAGCCAGCUUCCCUCCAGGACCACGGGCUCUACCUAUCGUUGGCAACAUCUUCUCUGUAGACCACAGCAGGACCCAUGAGAGUAUGACACAGUUAUCAGGGAAAUAUGGAGAUGUGUUCAGCCUGAGAAUGGGUCAGAAGUGGAUGGUGGUCUUGAAUGGCUUUGGGGUUCUGAAAGAAGCUCUUGUAAAUCAGGGGGACAGUUUUUCUGACCGUCCACCCCUCCCUCUGUAUAUGGACAUUUUCAAUGGUCUAGGUGUUGUUUUAAGUAACGGACACUUGUGGAAGCAGCAGAGACGUUUUGCUCUUUCAACCCUCAGAAAUUUUGGACUUGGCAAGAAGACACUUGAGCCUGUGAUUCUUGAUGAAUUAACAUAUCGUUUAAAGAAAUUAAAGAGCUAAGAAGGUAAGCCCUUCAAUCCCCACCUCCACAUAAACAACGCUGUCUCCAACAUUAUCUGCUCCAUGGUUUUCGGGCAUCGCUUUGAGUACACUGAUAAGAAGUUCAGGACACUGAUAGGCGACUUCCAAAAAUUUUUUGUGAGUCAGACAUCAAUUUGGACACAGUUUUACAACUCAUUCCCUAAGCUGAUGAGAUACAUACCAGGGCAACAUCCGACAUUCCUGAAGGUUUCUAGUGAUAUAAAGGACUUCAUAAGAGAAGAGCUUAAGGAUCACAAGCAGCACUGGGAUCCCUCAGACCAAAGGGACUACAUCGACUGCUACCUGAAUGAGAUAGAGAUGAUUAUAUUAAGAACCGCCAGCCAGCCAGCUUCCCUCCAGGACCAUGGGCUCUACCUAUCGUUGGCAACAUCUUCUCUGUAGACCACAGCAGGACCCAUGAGAGUAUGACACAG